AUGACCGAACUGCGGAAUAUGCUUCUGUGGGCUUUGGUUUUUGUAGUACAGGUGAGAUUUCCUUCAUUUUUCCCAAUGAAAAAGUGGAGAUGAAAACUUCAGAUGAAAACUUUGAAAAAAUGAUUAUUUUUGUCUAUCACAUCUUUUUUUCGAAAUUUUAUUUGGUUGCUGUAGCCUGUCAAAAAAACAAAAAAAUCGUGAAAAACCGUAAUUGGAACAAUGAACGGGUUAUCUUUGAAAAAAACAAAAAUUUGACUAAUUUCCAAGUUCAACACAAUAAAAAAAUUUGUUCUUUCAAUUAAGAACAAUUAGGAAAAGAUAUGGCUCAAAAAUCUCUAAAAAAAACGCAGAACUUGGGCGAAUUCUACACGGCACUUUCAAGCCGGGAAGCUUGAAAUUUGCAUUUUCCGCAAAAAAUUCCUUUUCGAAAUCAAAUAUUAAAAUUUUUGUCGAAGGGCGACUUGUGAACAACAAUGCACAAAUUGCAGGUUCUGGCCGAGGAAAAAGAAAAACCGACUAUUGAGGCUCAACUCGAUCCUUCAAUUUACCUGCGAGCUGGAGGAGUUAGUCUUCUUUUUCCCAUAAAAGGCAACAAACGAAAAGCCUCUCUGUGCAUUGGGAUGGAACGUAUCAUUUCAUAUGAUUUUUAUUUUCAUUUUUCGCGCGAUUCGUGUUACCGAGUACAAAAAUUUGGGAGAGCAGAGCGAACUAUUCUUUCAAAAAAAUGGAAUUAAAGAAAAAUAUUUGAAGACAAUGGGGUCUUUUUCGAUAACUAAAGGAUUUCAAGGACUCGAUGCGACCGUCAAUGGGCCUCUAUCCACAGCAACAGGCCGGAAUGAUGAUGCCAUGUAAGGCUUUUGUUCAGAUUCAUUUGACCUCCCUAAUCCUCCCUAUUCAUCUUUCAUCUUCCUUUAGAUCUCCCGGUCUUAAAAUAACGGGAAGCAUGACAUUCCUUUGUAGUGAGACAUCAGCUGAAGCAGAUUGAAUGACGCAUUCAAGUUUUCAAAGAAAAGAAAGAUUUCCAAUUGACAGAAGAUCAAAGUGUCAAAUAUUUUGCUUUGCGACAAAAAAUGAAAGAAAAAACGAAUUGAAGAGAAUUUGAGUCAUAGAAACUGAUGAUUACACCAAAGUUCACUCUUAUUGAACAAAAAAAAUUUUUAAAAAGUGGAAAAAAGGGGAUUUUGAGCGAGCUUCUCGUUCAACUGCCGCUGCACCUCACGAACUCCCAACGCCAACGCUCCGCCCCCAAUCGACGCCAAUCAGAUGGCCCAACAGCAAAUUAUUCAGCUUCAGGUUCGCAUCAAAAUCGUAUUUUCAGAUUUUUCGAUAUAUUUUCCCUGUUGGGGUUCCGGCGGAUUCGCGAACUCCCAAAGACCUAGAAGAAAAUCCAUAAAUGCGCUGAAACGAUUUUUUUUUUCAAUAUCCUGAAACUUGGCGAGGUGAACCGUUGUGGAGAUCAUCAAAGUUUCAACCCACAAAACUUUUCGAUUUUUAAGAAAAAAGGCUCGAGGUCCCAUAAUUCCUUUUAUAUUCACAAACAAAUAUGCUCCACAGAAUAGACCCGCGGAAUUCAAACUUUUGAAGUUCCUCACACAUAAGUAAGCUUCAACUUGAAGUUUUGAGAAAACAGCAUUGUUUUGAGGAAUUCUUGAGAAGACUAACACAAUUUUAAAAAAAUAAGCAUUCUUCGUUAUCCAAAAACUCAGUUCUCACAAAACGCGUUUUCACGGCUACGUAGACAGAAGCGAACGUUUAGAAUAAUUCAGAAGGAAUUUAUUGAAGCACAUAAUUUUGCGAAGUUCAUUGCUUUUUAACUGAGCAAGUGAAUGGAAUUUUGAAAGUUCAGGAACAAGUGCGGAGGCAGCAAGAAAUAAUCAACCGUCAGGCCGCCAACAGGAACGGCGGCGUGGAAACUCUGGGUUGGCAUUCCUGAAACUGAUUUUUUAAAGAACACAGAUUUCUUUACUCUAGCGCUUGAAUGGCAAUAUCCCUAACCAUGGAUUUUCGUAGACAUGAUAUCAUUUUUAUAACACGAUUUUUUAUUUUAUCCAAAUAUAUAUCAAGAUUUCAAAGACCAAAAAUAGUCUUUAAUCGUGUCUUCAAUUAAGGAUUUGCAGCACAACUUUUGCAAGCGGCCCAGUCCUUGGAUUGCACUUGCAGUAGCGAUCCUUCGAGUACUUCCGGGAAUCUUUACGGAUCGAAUGGUGGGACCCUCAAUUUUGAUUUUUCAGGCGAAAAAAAUUGAAAAAAAAACUGGAAAGCUCGAAAAAGCAACCUGAACUUGCUGAUGAUGAUGGCGGAGAUGAGCAUAGAACUGACUUUUUCUAAUAAAAUUUUUCUUUUCUCUUCUAAAGUUUUUUUGGUUUUUUAACUUUCAGUAGAGUGUGGUUUGAAUAGCUUAAAAUACUCUUAAGGGAACCUAACUUCAUAGGAAAAUUGAAAAAUUGUUUCCGCUAUGAAGUUUGGAUAUAUUGCAUGGGCCAUCUUCGAAUGAAACGGAUUAGUUCCUAAUUUUCCGUCAUUUUUUUUCUUUUUCUCACUUCACGGUAAAAGUCCCAAAGGACCUAAAAAAAAAGCAACCUUCGGAAAAAACCACACAUGCGCUUUUUUUUCUUGACUUUUUUCAGAUAAGGGCCUUUUGAAGAAGGAGGCGGAAAAGGUGAAAAAUGGAGGUUUCGAGAAACUUCAGAUACCUUUUUUAGGAACUCAAAAAGGAGCUUUAGUCUUUUUUGAGGCCUUCUGGAGGUCGCCUUGCCCGUGUGAAAAAAGAGAUUAAAUCCAUGGUUAUUCUUAGCUUCUGAGAUAAUAGUUCAUUUACAGCAAACACGCUAGGCGUCGGAAACGGGUUGAACAACGGCUUCGGACAGAAUGGAGCAGGUCAAGUUGGUCUGAACUCGCAGUUCGGAACUCUGGGCAACUCUCCAUCCGGCCUCGGCGGCGGCUCUUCUAUGAUGGGCAUGCAAGGAUUCCCAAAUUCUGGAGGUCUAAUCAGUAAUUCUUCUUUAUUAAAAUUGAGAAGAGCCAUCAAAUUCUAUGGUUUAUGAACAGCAAUACAGAUUUCAGAAAGUCCCACUUUUUUCAUAAAGAAUUACUAACUUGUUGUAAAAUAAUUAAUGAACUUUAUGAGUUACCAAAUUGAGUCAAGCUGUUACUAGAUGGAUUAUAAUUUAUCUUAUUUUCAUAUCUUUUAAGAAUUUUCAGGAUCACUUCAAGUCAAUUUCACCCUUCAUAGAACUCAAAAACUUUUAAUUUUUCCCGAAAACAUGUUUUUGUAGUUGAGAACCAUGAGCAAGUGAGCAAGCAAAUGUUUCAAUUAUCCCAGGAGUAGGGAUAAAUAACUUCAAAAGUUUUGAAAAGAUGUGGAAGUAAGUUCUAACUUCAGUCUAUCUAUGGUUAGUUAUCAAACAGAAUUCUAACUUUUUCAUGAGAAUUUUGAUUUCCAAUCUUCAAAGUCUUCAAAAACAAAACUUUCUUUACUAUUUUCAUCAAUGGAUCAUUCGAUGAGUCGACUAAUCGAUGAAGUUUUUUCAGCAUUCGGCUUUCCGGGUCAACUUCGAGGAUUGCCGCUGGCGUCUUUCGACAACCAACUCCGUCCGCUGGUCGAAGUCCCCUACGCCUCUCGUUUCCAUUGA